AUGCCAGAACACAUCGAAAUCCGACCCGAUACGAGCAGCCAAUCAUCCGACUCCACCUCGGAUUGUCAACAAGUUGAAGAAGUAAUAGAAGAAGUCCGACGAGUCUACCCCAAUAUCCACACUACAAUGGGGUUUAGAGAACUCCUGUACCCCGCAGAAAAAAAGAGAUCAAAGGGCGUCCCGCGUCCCCAGAAUUGUUUCAUGUUGUAUCGCAAAGACAUAAGGGCCAGGUUCGCAAGAGAAGGAAACGCAUUGUCGGUAGCCGAAUCUUCUCGGAUCGCCGCUGAGAGUUGGCGGAACCUUCCGCAGGAAGAGAAAAAUUUCUGGCAUGCUCUAUAUGAAAUUGUCAAAAUGCAGCAUGCGAUCAAAUAUCCAAACUAUAAGUAUCAGCCUGUUAGAGGCAAACAGGCCAAAAAAGGUCGUGGUAUGAUUAUAGUCGAUGGGAUUAAACGCUCCGAUAAAGACGACAAGUCGGAUAAAAACGGUCAAAUGCAGUAUCAGGGGAAAUUUUCCGCCACUGAGAAGAUUUAA